AUGAUCUCCAUAAGGACAAGCAGUGUGUUUUCGCUGCUGGACAGUCAAAUUCAGGCUGCUAUUGCUGUCUUCAUUUUAACCAAACCUCCGAACAGUUAUUCAGUCUUCGUCCAGGUGAUCGUGAUUGAAGAUGGGCCGCUGACCUAUGUCAAAAUGAGAGGGCUUGUGUCAUUUUUGUCACCUCUGCUCAAGGGGAGGAAAGUAGGCUUCAGUGACUUUGUACACAAAUGUGUUUCCAGUCAGCAAUUCUGCCAACACCUGGACACCCAGAAACUCCUGCAUCGACAGAGGAGGCUGAAAAGUGAGAAGGAGAAAGGAGAGAAGAGAGGCGAGAAGAGAGGCAUAGGGACAUCAGUGAAUACAGAAACUUCACAGAUGAAACCGUCAGAUUUUGACUAUCUGAAAGUUAUCGGCAAAGGCAGCUUUGGAAAGGUGCUGCUGGCAAGGCAUAGAAAACAUGGAGGUUACUAUGCUGUCAAAGUGCUGCAGAAACAGAUGAUUGUCAAGAGGAAAGAGCAGAGGCAUGUGAUAGUUGAGAGGAGCGUGCUUCUGAAGGGACUACAACAUUCAUUCCUGGUUGGGCUACACUUUUCUUUCCAGUCACUGAACACGCUCUACUUCGUCCUGGACUAUGUUAAUGGAGGGGAGGCAUUUUGUCUGUGGCUUUUCUACCACCUUCAAGGAAAGGGUUCAUUUCCUGCUCCCAGGGCUGCUUUCUACGCUGCAGAGAUGGCCAUGGCACUGGGUUACCUCCACUCUCUCAACAUCGUUUACAGGGACCUCAAACCAGAGAACAUCUUGCUUGACCAGGAGGGUCAUGUGAUGCUGACUGACUUGGGGCUUUGUAAAGAAGGUGUGGCCGUAAGUGGGAUCAUGCAUACAUUCUGUGGGACUCCUGAGUACCUCGCUCCAGAGGUGCUACAAGGCUUCCUGUACAGUCCAGCAGUGGACUGGUGGGGCCUCGGCACUGUGCUGUUUGAGAUGCUCUAUGGACUGCCUCCGUUUUACAGCCGUUGCAAAGCAGAGAUGUUUGAGAGCAUACUUCACGCUCCUCUGCAGGUGUGCAGUGGAGGUGCACAGGCCUCACUGUUAAAGGGGUUGCUGGAAAGAGACGUCUCCAAACGCAUAGGGGGAAGCAGUGACCUUGCGGAGCUGCAGGAACAUCCCUUCUUUGCAUCAAUCAACUGGGACGACCUGCUGGCCAGAAAAGUUAGACCUCCUUUCAUCCCGAAAGUGGCCGGCCCCUGUGAUUUCAGUAACAUCGACCCUGAGUUCACGCUACAACCUGUCCCUGCCUCUGUGAAUGAGUGCCAGUCAACCGGGACCAACGAGGCCUUCCCAGGAUUCUCCUUCAUGAACCCAGUGGAGUACGUGGCAGCAAAGCCGGGUUCAUAACAACGCGAAAUCUGGGAGCAUGUCUGUUCAAAUAUUUAUUUUUUAUGUUUUAAAUUAUUAAAUCGAAUUCUAUUUUUAAACAUUUUAAAGUUAUUUAAAGCAUUAAUUCCUAAUUUGAAAUAGCCUGGUUACUAUUUCACAAUUUCUAGCUACCUUAUGUGUAUUAAUAUUAAAGAAAAAAACACUCAA